AACCGGGCGCAGAUUGCCCCUAGCCCUCCCCUACUUCUCCCCGCGCCCUGCCACCCCGGAUGUGCGGGAGGAGAAAAGCCCGAGGUGGUCCCAGGUCGCAGCGAGGCCGAUGACCCCCCAACCAGGCCACCAUGGUGACCAGAUGUCCAGGCAGGCUCCUGGGCACCGUGUAGCCCUGCGUGCUUGGGGCCCCUCGGAGUCCGCCGCUGCCACCCCCUGCUCCCGCUGCAGCCCCUGUGCAGGAGCCUGCCACCCCCGGGAAUGUGACUCGCUCUUCGAUUUAAUUUUAUUCCCUUCCACUUCUCGCCUGAGCAUCCUGCUCCUCCUCUAACCACGUUGAGCCUUCUCUGCUGGAGAGGCAGAGAGAGAGAAGGGAAACUGCCUUCAGACAGGAUGGCUUGCAGAAGACGCUAUUUCGUCGAGGGCGAGGCACCCAGCAGCGAGACCGGCACGUCCCUGGACAGCCCCUCGACCUACCACCAGGGCCCCUUAGCGCCCGGCUCCAGCCUGAGCCCGGACCACUACGAGCACACGUCGGUGGGGGCCUAUGGGCUGUACUCCGGGCCUCCGGGGCAGCAGCGCACACGGCGGCCCAAGCUGCAGCACUCGACCUCCAUCCUGCGCAAGCAGGCCGAGGAGGAGGCCAUCAAGCGCUCCCGGUCUCUCUCUGAGAGCUAUGAGCUCUCCUCGGACCUGCAGGACAAACAGGUGGAGAUGCUAGAACGGAAAUAUGGGGGGCGCCUUGUGACCCGCCAUGCAGCCCGCACCAUCCAGACAGCCUUCCGCCAGUACCAGAUGAACAAGAACUUUGAGCGCCUACGCAGCUCCAUGUCAGAGAACCGUAUGUCCCGCCGGAUUGUGUUGUCCAACAUGAGGAUGCAGUUCUCAUUUGAGGGGCCCGAGAAGGUGCACAGCUCCUACUUCGAGGGGAAGCAAGUCUCAGUGACCGAUGACGACUCGCAGCUGGGGGCUCUGGUGCCCCCUGAGUGCGGUGACCUUGGCCAGCCACCCACUCUCAAGUCUCCAGCCCCAUCCAGUGACUUUGCAGAUGCCAUCACGGAGCUGGAAGACGCCUUUUCCCGGCAGGUGAAGUCACUGGCCGAAUCCAUCGACGAUGCCCUCAACUGCCGCAGCCUGCACGCUGAGGAGGCACCGGCCCCAGAUGUGGGGCGGGCCCGGGACAUGGAGCCCAAGCCGGCCCUGCACAGUGGGGACCACCACAGAGGGGAUGCAAUGACGGCCUCGUACAGCGAUGUCACCCUGUACAUCGAUGAGGAGGAGCUCUCGCCGCCCCUGCCAUCUGCACAGACAGGGCACCGGCCCCCCAGUGCUGAGUCGGACCUGCGGCUGCGGGCUGGGGCUGCUGCCCAGGACUACUGGGCCCUGGCUCACAAGGACGACAAGGGUGACACAGACACCAGCUGCCGGAGCACGCCAUCGCUGGAGCGGCAGGAGCAGCGGCUGCGGGUGGAGCACCUCCCUCUGCUCACCAUCGAGCCGCCCAGCGAUAGCUCUGCAGACCUCAGCGACCGCUCGGACCGCGGCUCGCUCAAGAGGCACAGUGCCUACGAGCGUGGCCUUGGUGGGCAGCAGGGCAGCCCCAAGCACGGCCCCCACGGUGGCCACCCCAAAGGACUCCUCCGGGAGGAGCCGGACUUGCGGCCUCGGCCGCCCAGGCCCCUGGACAGCCACCUGGCCAUCAACGGCUCGGCCAACCGGCAGAGCAAGUCCGAGUCGGACUACUCGGACGGGGACAAUGACAGCAUCAAUAGCACAUCCAACUCCAACGACACCAUCAACUGCAGCUCCGAGUCCUCGUCCCGUGACAGCCUGCGGGAACAGACGCUCAGCAAGCAGACCUACCACAAGGAGACCCGCAACAGCUGGGACUCGCCUGCCUUCAGCAACGACGUCAUCCGCAAGAGGCACUAUCGCAUCGGCCUCAACCUCUUCAACAAGAAGCCUGAGAAGGGCAUCCAGUACCUCAUUGAGCGUGGCUUUGUGCCCGACACGCCAGUGGGGGUAGCCCACUUCCUGCUGCAGCGCAAGGGCCUCAGCCGGCAGAUGAUUGGCGAGUUCCUGGGCAACCGGCAGAAGCAGUUCAACCGCGAUGUUCUGGACUGUGUGGUGGACGAGAUGGACUUCUCUGCUAUGGAGCUGGAUGAAGCCCUCAGGAAGUUCCAGGCACACAUCCGGGUCCAGGGAGAGGCUCAGAAGGUGGAGCGGCUCAUCGAGGCAUUCAGCCAGCGGUACUGCAUCUGCAACCCUGGGGUGGUGCGGCAGUUCCGGAACCCGGACACCAUCUUCAUCCUGGCCUUUGCCAUCAUCCUGCUCAACACGGACAUGUACAGCCCCAGCGUGAAGCCCGAGCGCAAGAUGAAGCUGGAAGACUUCGUCAGGAACCUGCGAGGGGUGGACGAUGGCGAGGACAUUCCCCGGGAGAUGCUGAUAGGAAUCUAUGAGCGGAUACGCAAGCGGGAGCUGAAGACCAACGAGGACCACGUGUCCCAGGUGCAGAAGGUGGAGAAGCUCAUCGUGGGGAAGAAGCCGAUCGGAUCCCUGCAUCCUGGGCUUGGCUGUGUGCUCUCCCUGCCCCACCGGCGGCUGGUCUGCUACUGCCGGCUCUUCGAGGUUCCAGACCCAAAUAAGCCCCAGAAACUUGGACUGCACCAGCGAGAAAUCUUCCUGUUCAACGACCUUCUGGUGGUCACCAAGAUCUUCCAGAAAAAGAAGAACUCGGUGACGUACAGCUUCCGACAGUCCUUCUCCCUGUAUGGCAUGCAGGUCCUGCUCUUCGAGAACCAGUACUAUCCCAACGGCAUCCGGCUCACGUCGGCAGUCCCUGGAGCAGACAUCAAAGUGUUAAUAAACUUUAAUGCUCCCAAUCCUCAAGACCGGAAGAAGUUCACUGACGACCUGCGGGAGUCCAUUGCAGAAGUGCAGGAGAUGGAGAAGCACAGGAUAGAGUCGGAGCUCGAGAAGCAGAAGGGCGUUGUGCGGCCCAGCAUGUCUCAGUGCUCCAGCCUCAAAAAGGAGUCUGGCAACGGGACACUGAGCCGGGCCUGCCUGGAUGACAGCUACGCCAGCGGGGAGGGCCUCAAGCGUGGCGCCCUGAGCAGCUCCCUGAGGGACCUCUCAGAAGCGGGGAAGCGAGGGCGUCGCAGCAGUGCGGGAUCGCUAGAGAGCAAUGUGGAAGGGUCCAUCAUUAGCAGUCCUCACAUGCGCCGGAGAGCUACAUCAACACGAGAAUGUCCAUCUCGCCCACAUCAGACUAUGCCUAACUCCUCCUCCCUCCUGGGCUCCUUAUUUGGGAGUAAGAGAGGGAAGCCCCCUCCCCAGGCCCACCCGUCUUCAGCCCCUCCCCAGCCACCCCCACACCCACCAGGCCUGCCCCACCCACUGCAUGCAGUGCCUGGCCAUCACCAGGGGCCCGCCGAGGGCCUGCCGCAGGCCCAGGUGCAUGGGCACCACACCCAGUACUGCCACAUGCAGCAGAACCCACCCCCCUACCACCACCACCACCACUACCACCCGCCCCAGCACAUCCAGCAUGCACAUCAGUACCACCACGGCCCCCAUGGGGGCCACCCACCCUACGGGGCCCACGUGCACAGCCACCCACCGCUGCCCUCAGCCCAUGUGGGCCACGCAGUGCACCACCAUGGGCAGCCCCCCGCCCCACCGCCCCCCACCAGCAGCAAGGCCAAACCCAGCGGCAUCAGCACAAUUGUGUAGACAGCGUGAGCGGGGUCCCUGACUCCCUGGAGCAGCUGUACACCACACAGAGGCACGCCCAGGGGUGGGCAGCCUCACACCAGACCCAGGGCACUUUCAAUUCCGUCUCUCCCCUGCUCCCCAAUGGCCUGGAUGGAGCCCCUGAUCCCACAGGGCUUACAGGGAGCAAAGCUCCCGAAAUUUAGUGUUGCACCCCAGGCUCCAUCCACCUUGACCUGGGGGGUGGGCCUCGGCCCCCACUGGCCCUGAGACAGUGCUGCCGGGCACGCAGGUGUCAAACUGCUCCGCCACCCCCCACCUCAGCUCUCUGCUCCCUAAUCAUACAUGCGUAUGAAAACCCAGCCUAGGAAGAGAAGAAAUGAGACACAAAAACCAGAGACAGAACAAAACAACACAAAACAAAAAACCGAAACUUGCUGCAUUAUUGCCCUUUUAUUGACAAUGGGCAAAAAAUUAAGUAGACCUGAUAUGGUUGAUGAAAAUACAUAAGCAAACUUUAUAUAAUAUAAAUAUAUAAAUAUAUAAAUAUAUAUAUAUAUACUGUAUAGGUAGUAUUUGUGUGUGGAAAGCAAAUGUUUCAGUCCACAAAAUUAGCAAUAUAGACUUUACAAGGAGCUCCACUUAACUGAUAGGAAGACAGCACCUUAGGUGAAUGUGUGAGAGACUAGACCAAAAUCUUAAAUGCUAGGAAAAUAUUCAGAUACUUCCAUAUUUUCAUAAAAAGAGAAGUCCCCGUAGGACUGGCUAAAAAUCUUUACGCAAUCAUUUCUAACUGUGCCAAGUAACAGCAUCUAACUGUUUAAAAAGCCCAAUAUUGCUUUGUAUAAAUCCUUAUUUUAUUAACAGAAUAUUAUCAUAAAUAAUCAGUAUUAUAACUGCUCUGUUAUUUCAGGUGAGCAAGUAGAUAAAAUGCAGUAAACUCUACAGUAGCAACUCAGGAUGGCCAGUUAAGACCUGGUCGUCUUUGAAUAUUGGUUACACAGAUUCUUAGACACUUUAAUGGCUGCAAUAACUGUGAACUUCCAUGAUCCAUAUUUCUUUGAUCUGCAUAUGAUUUAAUGCACACUCAUUCAGUCCUCUGAAAGGGGCCCCCAUACACGGCAGAAGUAUUCAUCUCCAGCAUGGAAACGACCAACUCAUCCUCGUCUCCCCAACACCAUAACUUACUCAUCCUGUUUCCAACCACAACAGGCAGAAGCCCCUGAGCGUGUUUCCACCAGGAACCACUCUCGAACCCAAAGGCUGCUUCUAGCAUUUAGUGACCCAGGGUGGUGUGUGUGCUUCCCGUUUUGUUUUCUGAGUGGUAGCCGUGAUCAUCCUGAUUCCAUGUAGCCGUGUGCUAGCACAGCCCCGUGUCGUCACCGUGGCCCAUCUGACCCCGGCCGGCGAGUGCCCAGCCCUCACCAGCGAAGCCCCCUGCUGCCCUCUCAUGGUCCAGUUAGCUGCCAGGGCAUCACAUGACUCUCAGCUGUGCUCUUGUCGCUUCCGUGUUGUGGUGACACCAUCUGCUCCCCUGGGGCCUGGCGCUGCACACGUCUGGUUCUGUGCCUGAGUCACCCAUGGGCCAUACUUUGUAGUUUCAGCCUUUCGAGCCACUGCAGCCACCAGUGCUAUGCUCCUAAGCCAUGGGACCCGAGGACUGCCCCACGGCACCUGCCCAGGCGGAGAGCCCUUUCAGAAAGGGCGAAGCUAAUGCAGGACUCUGCAGGCCGCGGGUGCACACUCCGCAGAUGGUGUGGCGAGCCAUGGCCGGACGGCAGGACGACAGAGGGAGCCCACCCCGGCAGGCCGGCCAGGGGUUCUGCCCACGUCCCUCCCUUCCCCCGCCUUUGUCAUAUCAUUGAGGUUAUCAUACCAGCAAAUCUGCAAACCGAGCACUUUGUUAAUCUCCACAGAGAGCGAAUACAGCAAUCUAGAGUUUAGCCUUUUUUAAAAAGAAGUGUGACUUUCUUCUGCCCACCUUUAUCUUCCUAUCGGUGGGUUUCCCCUCUUGGGCAUCUGCUCAAAAAGGGAGAGAGUGAAAAGCACGGGAAUGUGUGAUGUGGUCCAGGCCGGGCUGGUGGGAGGCUCCCGGGUCCACUGACUCCUAAAUCCUUGGGUUUUCCUUCAAAGUCAGGCUCCCCGAGGCAUUCUCCGUCUUGCAGUUGACAGGAUGUUGUUCUGCCAAGCAAAAGUCAGAUUGUAUUGCAUGUCAUCCGGCGUCCGUCGUGUGAGGCCACACUCUAUGUAUCGUAUAUUUGCAAAAUAUAUCAGUGUUACUGUUGACAAAUAGUUGAAGUAAAGUGAUAACAUUGAAUAUGUUGGCUCUUCUUCACUCUCUGUACCAAUCGUAGAGUCUAACUGUAAACUUGCGGUUGUUCCAGAAAAGAUGCAGGCUGUUUGGUACAAGAUCGCCUUCUGAAAGGAUAGUCACUGAUGCAAAACAGAACCAAGAAAAUGAACAAUAAAGCCAAUAGGGAAGGAAAUGGGGAGCUCUCUUUCCAUUGCUGUCCUGUGUGCUCUGAAGGCCAUGCAGCGCCCACCUCCAAAAUGGUCCUUAGUGUGUCCUGAAGCUUUGUUGGGUGCCCCAGGGCCAGAUCUAAUGAAAGGGAGCUUCUUGGACAAAUUCAGUUUCUCCCCAUGUUUCCAACUUUGUUACAGAGUAUGGGGUUUCUUCAUUCUGUGUGCUUUAUGAACUUAUGGGAAGUGUUUCCAGGGGAAACAUUGUUCCAUUGAGGAGGCUGGAGCCACACUGUCCAUAUCUUGUUUGGGAAGCAAAGGCCUCUGAUAAACUGGUGUCUCCCAUUUCUGUUCAUGGAACUGUUCACUGUAGAUCCCAACCUGUCACGGAGUCACAGCUGUGGGGAACUAUCCUUCACCGCCCCACCCUCAGGGUAGGAGGCAGGAGGCUGAGUGCAACCGAGAUGUUUGUGCCCACCUUUCUUACUGUCAGGACAUGCUUGGGGCAUUUCUCCCAAGUCACACAGAUUUUUUUCAGUUAUAUAAUUUCUACAGGGGCAGGAGACCCUUAGAAGAAGUGACUGAUAGCAUCACAAAAAUCUUUUCUGGGACAACAAAUCAUGUAUUUGUAUUUUUUUUAAGUUUACAAAUGAAUUGUACAACAAUGUAAAAAUAAAGUUCAUCCUAAUAUGAUGUGCACAUCUUGCUUAAAAAUGUCUUCAGUCAUCCAGUAUAGAGCAGUUUUUCCAUCAUGCACUGCAUGCAGCAGAAGCCUCUUGUUUUUCUUUAAAAUGAGCUGAAAAGACAGUCAGCAGAUAUUUAAACAUGAUCCUAGGUGUUGACUCAGCAUUCCAUACGAAACUGUGUCUCUACAGGUAAGCAUGCAUUUUACAGUUUCGUUGUAAAAUAUCAUCACCCUUCCUGCCUGAAAAAUGAGUAACUUUGUAACUAUUUUAAAUAACAAUAACCAAGGAAACAGAUUGCAAAAUGAAUCAGCGUGAGGUGGGGGUGGUGAGAGGGACAAGCAGGAGGAGCUAUGUAACUUGGACCUUGCGUGCACAUUAGUGUAACUCUGUCUGGUCAUGCUGAGGUUGUGUGCAGUACCCAUCUCUUGGUAACUGUUAUUCACCUUCAAGUUGUUUUAAAUUAUUAGAAUCAGGUCUUGAAUGCAGACUGUUCAAAGACUUCAAGUGACACAUUGCUCACAAGAAGCCUGGCACCCACUGUGUAACUUUGGGGAAGAAAGGAGUGCUUUUGUUUUAAUAUGCAUUCUGUUUGUGAGUAGUAACAGACUCUAUUGAUGUAAAACCAUAGCUGUGAUCAUGUGGAGAAAUCAAAUAAAUCCUUUAAAACUCU